UAUCUAUCUAUCUAUUUAUCUAUCUAUUACUUAUAGUAUAAAAUGACAAAAAGGCACAACUAAAAGUUUUUUUAUAUAUUCAUAUACAUUUGAAAGUAGUUGUGAAAGAACGAAACUAAAUCGAAACGUUGUUGCCAUAUCUAAUAUAUAUUGUAUGAAGAUUGCAGUAAUGUCAGUGAAAGCUCCUCGCUAUGGCGUCUGCUAAUUGGAAUCAGGAAACAAAAUCUCGGUUAAAUGAUAAAAUUUCAGGAAACAUGAAUGACCUCGGUUCUCUUGCGAGACAGAUCGUGCGUGGUUCUCAUUCCAGUGAGCUCCUUGCUCAAGCAGCAAAAAAUUUUGCUUUCCAAGAAAACACCAUCAACAAUUCUUUAGAGACAUUAAAGAAAAUGGACAUGAUAAAAUCUCAACUUGAAUUUCAGUUUGCAGCUGUAGAACGUAGCACUGUGACAUUGGAUGACAUUCAAGAUCAGCUAAAAACUAUUCAAAGAUGACACAGCUUAUCCUAUAGUCAAAUCUUCCUUAGAAAAACAACCAGACUCCACAA